AUGUCUUUGUGUGCAAUAAAAGAGUGUAAGAGUGGAAGCAAAAGUAAUCCUAAUACAUCUGAAACUUUUGUAGAUUCAGGUGAAAGCCCUAUUGACUUUGAUACCAAUUUUACUAGAACAGGUAAUCCUAGUACAUCUAAAUCUUUUGUAGAUUCAGGUGAAAGCCCUGUUGACUUGGAUACCAAUUUUAUUAGCACAGGUAAUCCUAGUACAUCUAAAUCUUUUGUAGAUUCAGGUGAAAGCCCUAUUGACUUAGAUACCAAUUUUACUAGAACAGGUAAUCCUAAUACAUCUGAAACUUUUGUAGAUUCAGGUGAAAGCCCUAUUGACUUUGAUACCAAUUUUACUAGAACAGGUAAUCCUAGUACAUCUAAAUCUUUUGUAGAUUCAGGUGAAAGCCCUGUUGACUUGGAUACCAAUUUUAUUAGCACAGGUAAUCCUAAUUCAUCUGAAACUUGUGUAGAUUCAGCUGAAAGCCCUGUUGACUUGGAUAGCAAUUUUAUUAGCACAGGUAAUCCUAGUACAUCUAAAUCUUUUGUAGAUUCAGGUGAAAGCGCUGUUGACUUGGAUACCAAUUUUACUAGCACAAGUAAUCCUAAUUCAUCUGAAACUUGUGUAGAUUCAGCUGAAAGCCCUGUUGACUUGGAUAGCAAUUUUAUUAGCACAGGUAAUCCUAGUACAUCUAAAUCUUUUGUAGAUUCAGGUGAAAGCGCUGUUGACUUGGAUACCAAUUUUACUAGCACAGGCAUACUAUUUGAUAAUGACCCUGAUGGCUUCUGCAUGUUAAAUAGACUACCACCAGCAUUCAUCGAUUUUCUUUUGAUAAAAGGUCCAGCUCAACCAACUCAUGAAGAUAUUUCUUCAAAAGAAUUUCCAAAAGAUAAAAGUGGGCGUAGUUUUCAAGUAGCUUGGUAUUGGAAAAAAUUACCAGAAAACACACAGAUACGAAGAGAUUGGUUAAGCUACUCAAAAAUCAGAAACAAAGCAUUUUGCCAUCAUUGUAUUUUAUUUGGCAGGAAAGGCCAGAAGUGUUGGACACAGGAAGGUUUUUCGGCAUGGUCUAGAGCUGUUUCCAGUAUACAAUUACACGAGUGUUCAGAUUUUCAUAUUGAAGCAUCAUUAAGAUUUAAAAUGAGGUUGACUGCCUUGCCUAUAUUACCAUUACUUGAAGAAAAAAAUAAACAAGAAAAAGCAAUUAACAGAGAAAUAGUUAAGGUACUAAUCGACGCAACACUGUUUUUAAGUAGAAACUGUUUAUCAUUUCGUGGACAUCAAGAAUCUUUAAAAAAACCGGGUAAUCGUGGAAAUUUCUUAAAUCUUAUUGACAUGAUGUCAAAAUACUCUCCAUGUCUUGCUUCAUACAUUACUCAAUUAGAAAUGUCAACAAAAAAACCUGAAGUUAAUUUUUUGACAAAAAAUAGUCAGAAUAAAUUAAUUUCAAGUAUUUCUAACAGUAUAAAAUCAUCCAUCAAAAAUGAACUUCAACAUUCAAAAUUUUUUAGUGUAUCAAUUGAUUCAACUUUUGAUUAUUCCAGAAGAGAACAAGUAUCAUUUGUUGUACGUUAUCUUCAAAUGAAUGGGCAAAUAUGUGAGCGUUUACUUGCUCUAAAAGAAUCAUCCAUAACUACCGGUGUACGAUUAUUUAAACUAUUUGAAGAUAUAUGUUCAUCUUUAUGCCUUGAUUGGCAAAAUUACUUAAUAGGACAGUCCUAUGACGGAGCACAGAAUAUGAGAGGCGAAUAUAAUGGCUUGCAGUCAUUCAUAAAAGAAAAAUGUCCUACUGCAACUUUUAUCUGGUGUUCGGCUCAUCGAUUAAAUCUUGUUGUAGCAAAGACAGUUGGAUGCAGCUUAGAUGCCGUUGACCUAUUUGGCAAUAUGGAAACAGUAUAUAAUUUCAUUUGUAAUAGUAAAAAAAGAGUCGCCUACUAUGAAGAAGUGCAAAUUAAAUAUUCAGGGACAAAAAAAAAUCGUCGUCUAAAACGCGUCAGCACAACUAGAUGGAUGUCACAUGAUAGAGCACUGCAAACUGUUCUUGAAACCUAUGACUCUGUAAUAGAUACAUUGGAUUAUGUUAGAAAGACCGAAGGUCCAGAUGACCAUUCUGUUGGGCAUAUGUGUGGAUGUUUACUAGAUUAUUUGUUAUCAAAACGAUUCUUGUAUACGGCACUAUGGUUUCAAAAAUUAUUUAAUGUUUUGGCACCACUGAAUACAUUAUUACAAACAUCAGACUUAGAUCUAUUAGCUGCUGUUAAUAGCAUAAACGAAACAAAAAAAAUUUGCUUGAAAUUAAGAAAAGAUGAAUCUAUAUUUCACCAUUUAACAAAAGAAAUAAAUUCAUUUAUUGAAGAUAAAAAAGAUCUAGAAUUUUCUGAAUUUAAAAUUGUACGCACAAGACGGAAGAAAAAAAUGCCGGGAGAAUUAAAUAGUGAUGAAAGUAUUGAUGAUCCACUCAUUAACUUUAAAAUACAAACAGUUUUACAUUCAUUAGACACAACUUUAAACUAUUUAGAUCAAUAUUUCAACAACUCAGCUGUGGGCAUAUACAAAGAUUUGUCACUUUUUUCUAUUAAAAGAAUGAUUGAGAUUAAAAAUAAUUUAGAAAAAAUGCCUGAUGACGCAUUUGUGGAAUUUUGUAAAAUUUACAGUAAAUUCUUAAACAUUGAUAUCUUGAAGAGUGAAUAUCUAAAAUUUUGUCAAAUUUACAAAAUGUUUGAAGAAACAACAGCAUUACCUACAUCGUUUCACAGAGAUGUGCAGAAUUCUAAUAGUGAUGAAUCAGAUAAUAGUGAAGAAGAAAUAGUUCUACCCAAGCGGAAUCCAAUAUCUGUAAUAAAUGCUUGUAGUAUGAAAAACGUGUACAAAGUAGUUCACGACAACAAUUUGGCUUCAGUAUUUCCAGUCCUACACACAGCUUUGAAAAUUGCACUGAUUCUCCCAGUUUCUAGUGCAUCAACAGAGAGAGUUUUUUCAAAACUCAAAAUCGUUAAGUCUAGAUAA